AUGCGUGUUAGGCAUAAGGUCAGGGAACGUAUCAGACUUAACGGCCGAGUUAUAUCCCGAGAUCUAUUCUCCCACUACUUCAACGAGAUCUGGGACAUGUUCGAGCGGUGUGAGAUUGCGGACCUAGAGAACAGUCCUGCUAGAUUCCCGUCAUUCCUCAAGUACAUUGUUGUCAUGUCCUACUACGUGUUUAUUAAGGAGCGGGUAGACGUGGCUGUGAUAGAAGUGGGACUAGGAGGGAGGUACGAUUGUACUAACGUUGUGGACCACCCUGCUCUCACUGCUAUUACUCACCUGGGUUACGACCACUGCUCCAUUCUCGGCUACACGAUAGAGGAGAUAGCAAACGAGAAGGCGGGUAUAAUGAAAGAAGGGGUCCCAGUGUUAACAGUUAACCAGCACUAUACUGCUAGCUAUCCUGUACUGGAAAGAGAGGCUAGAGAGAAGAGUACUGCUGUUAUUAGGGGAAUAAUGACGUGUCAGUGGCCCGGAAGAAACCACGUGAUCUACCGAGACAAGGUAGCCUACCACCUUGAUGGAGCCCAUACUCCCGUCAGUAUUGGUCUGUGUUCACAGUGGUUCAAAAACUGCACCGCUGACAGUCGAAGGAAAGUAUUGGUGGUGAAUACAACACGUGACAGACAUUUGGCCGAUUUCCUGGAUAUUAUCAGAAAGGACAUCACGCCUGACCUCAUAAUAUUCUGUCCUAACAUCGCCAGCAACAAAUAUAUCGUCAAAGACUGUGAAUGGCCGGAGGAUAUGAAGCAAGCUAUGAUAAAAAGAGCACAUCAGAACAAAGACGAGUGGAGCGAGACUGGUAUUCCUGCACUGUCCUUCUCCUCAGUUGAAGAAGGUGUAGCGGCACUAGAGCAAACUAGCCCAGUCUCCAACCAGGAACAAUGA